CGUGUAGAUAGCUGGAGUUCGUUGAAUUUCGAUUCGUUCCUUUCUGUGUAGGAUACCAGUCGGUCUGGGCAUACGCUUUAUCGUGAUCUAGGUGUUUCCUUGAUGUUGUUUUUGAGCUGCCCGUUCCUUUAAACCCCACCACUUCAUCAAAGAAUGAGUGAUAACGAUGAUAUCGAAGUCGAUAGUGACGCAGACAAACGGGCACACCACAAUGCGUUGGAGCGCAAACGUAGAGACCACAUCAAAGACAGCUUCCACAGCCUCCGGGACUCCGUGCCCGCCUUGCAAGGGGAAAAGCAAUCUAUCAAACAGGCGUCCAGAGCUCAGAUCCUAGACAAAGCCACAGAAUAUAUCCAAUACAUGAGGCGGAAAAAUCACACACACCAGCAGGACAUUGACGACCUGAAGAGACAGAAUGCUCUUCUGGAGCAGCAAGUGCGGGCGCUGGAGAAGGUGAAGGGGUCCACUCAGCUCCAGGCCAACUACUCCUCGUCAGACAGCAGCCUGUACACCAACCCCAAGGGCAGCGCCGUGUCCGCCUUCGACGGAGGCUCUGACUCCAGCUCAGAGUCGGAGCCGGAGGAACCCCCCAACAGGAAGAAGCUUCGUGUGGAGGCCAGCUAGAGAGCAGCGCCACCUCUGGUCUGGAGGAGUUCACCGCUCACGGAAUUCACACAACCUCCCCCCCCCUCCUCGCUGGGCAUGCUCUAACAGGAGGCGGUCCGUCCCUCAGCCCCCCCCCCCCCCCCCCCCCCACUGAUCUGUCCCCCUCACACCAUCUGCAGGACGAGGGAAGCCAGCAGGGCGGAAUGAAGAACGAUUUAAAUCUGUGUCGAGAUUCUGUUUUUCCUUUCCCCUCUUCACUCCUCCUCUCUCCAUUCCUUUCUCUUCCUCCUCUCUCCUCUUUUUGACUCCCUGGUAUUGGUAUCCAUUCAGCAACAUCAACAAUCCCAUACCCCAAAUGAGGCAGCUUUGCUACAUAAGGACUUGAUGCUUGCGUGACCUCGUCGCUCCGUCCUCCCGGCUGAAUCAGGGGAGAUGGGCGGCCGAGUUUCACUCCUCAAGCACUGCUAAAGUGUAGUUUUUGUUUUAUUUUGUUGGAUUAUCUUGAUAAGAACCUGUUUAGAAAAUACACACACGCCUCGAAGAAUCGUCCUGAUGGAGAAGUUUACCUUUUUAAACAUUUGUAGCGUACUUUUCCACACAAGAAUGUGAAAAUACUUUGAUGAAAACAAACAUUGAUGUAAAAGUUUGAACCCACCUCAGGCCAACUAGAUUGCAGAUGUUUUCAUUUUGACACACUUGUUAGGUAAAAAAACAAAUAUAAUCCCCAUUAGUUGAAAUUGAUGUUUUGAGAAACAGGAGAGAAUUCCAAACUUGUAUUGUAUUUUGUCUUUUAGCUUGAACUAGUGAAUGAAUUUAGGUGGCUGAAAAUAUUUAGGCAUCUCAAUAUUUAAAAAAGCAUUGAUUGGAUGUUUUCAAGUUCUCAAAAAUAUGUUAUGCAUUUUUAGUAUUCUUACAAAUCAUGGGAAAAAUACCAAUUUGCCACUAGUAGUUUUCCUUCUGGGUAUAAAAUAGAUAUUGAAUGUCACAAGGUAGUUGAGUAUGGGAGGAGGGGAGGCCCUGUCGUGUUGUGCUUUACACCGUAAAAUCUUAAUGUUGCUGACUCCCCAAGGAUAAAAAAGAAAGCAGUUUGCUUAUCUAGGAAAUCUGUGUGUAUGUAUAUCUUUUCCAUUUUAUUUCCAUUUUGAGUAUGAUUAGUGUAUACUGAAUAGCUCUGUUUGUCCGAUUCCAUUCCAUGGAAAUUACAGGUAUGUUGUACAUACUGCCAACAAUUGUCUUGGAAGUCGAGGUCUACCUCUACUAGAAGACUAUAAAUAAAACUAUUUUAUCCUUUA